UAUGUAUAUGUCUAACAAAUACGGGAGUCCAUUGUCAAAUCUAAAGUUAAACCAUCGGUUUUACUUUUUUCAGUAAAAAAUGUAACUCUAUAUCAAAACCAUUUAUGGAUAAAUCUUAAUAAUAUAUAAACUAAAAAUAAAAAAUCAGUAAGAUGGAAAAGUUUCACGUGAUAUUGUCGGCUAUAUUUUUAUUUUACAACAGUUGUGACUGUUAUAAAUAUAAGGAAGCAAAGAUACUUCGUGAGUACUUAUUUGAUGCUACGAGAUAUGACGAAUCUAUACGACCGGUGAUAGACAGCUCAACAGUAACAAAGAUAACUGUUUCUCAGUUUCUUCAAGGGAUUUAUGGUAUUGACGUAAUGACUGGAUAUAUGUGUACCUAUUCCGUCAUAACUAUGACAUGGUUGGACGAACUAUUGACGUGGAACAGUUCUGAUUACGGUGGUAUAACAAAACUCACGUUACAGCCAGGAACAUGCUGGACACCACAACUCAUACACACAUAUUCUGAUUUUUGCAAAGGUAACCAAGCCGAGGGAAUUUCUGAAUCUGCAAAUAUAACACUGACAAAUGAUGGUACGGUUUCUAUGUAUUAUAGUGCAUUACUUGAGGCUAAAUGCGCUAUUGACAUGAAACUGUUUCCGUUUGAUGAACACAUCUGUUGGAAUCAAUUCUAUUCAACAAAAUAUACAGCAGACGAACUUAAAAUUCACUUUAACGAAAGGAGCAUUCAUGACAAACAAAAUUACAGAGAAAAUCCAGAGUGGGGGCUUCAUUCUGAGGGUCAAUUUGUGUACGACUUCAACGAUAAUUUGUCGUCAUUACCCAUGUCAUAUGCAGCAACUCAUAUGACUCUGAAAAGGAGACCUAGCUUCAUCAUCAUUAACAGUUUUGCUCCAGCUUGGCUUGUGUCAAUUCUGAUACUUUUAACGCCCUUAGUUCCACCUGAUUCUGAAAGACUUUCCCUCGCAAUAACAACCUAUCUUGCCAUGGUGUUCAUGAAUGUUUAUUUUGUUUCCGAGAUUCCAAGAAAUUCCAUUGAAAUUCCUUUAAUAUCAACAAUUAUACUUGCUUUUAGUGCCAUCUCUACAUUUGGUAUUAUUUGGAGUAUUUUCAUAGUUUGCUUGUCAAAAACGUCAACCAAGAAAUCUCAAGUUCCUGAUCUUAUAAGAAAACUAUUGUGCAUAUCUAUCAAGGAGAAUAAGCAGAGAGAUAAAAAUAUUUCUGUUAAGAAUGUUGAAAAAAUGGAAAAGUCAGUUGACGAAAGAAUAACCAAGUUUACCGGAAAUGACGUUGUUGAUAACACAGGAUGGUACGACGUGUCAAGAUUCCUCGAUAAAAUCUACUUUGUAACUUCAAUUCUAACUGUAGUCGUAACUUCUUUUACCAUUUCUAGAAACACCAACACAGAGUGAAAAUAACAUUUUUCUUUAUAAUAUAUUAUCAACUAUGCGACGUUAUCUUUAAAACGGCCAUCAGCUUUUGUGAAGGUUGAAAAUUUUUAAUUUUUAGAUGUAUCGUUUUAUAUAUUGUUAACAAACCAAAAGAAUUUAGGUAGAAAAUGAAAUUUGCGAAUCCCUGAAUACAUCUAAUCCACUGGUCCACUCUCUUUACGUAUAUAUGUAAAGUCGACAAUUCGGUUUCCACAUUUUCUACGUAUAAAAACGACACUGAAAA